AAACUGUUUUUUGUGGGAUAUUAUAGAUCUAUUCCUUACUAGUACAGUUGGCUGACAAACGCCAACUUUUCUCCCAUCGUAAAUAGGCACGAAGUAAAACGACAUAAAAAUAUUAACGUGUUGUUUUCGAGGUGUCGAGCAGUUAAAUUUAUUUCGCUCGUCUAUCAGCAAAUUCUCCCGUUUCCCAAUUAACAUGGGAUUCCACGCGACUUUGAUGUGUGGAAAAUCCCGUUAAGUGACGCAGUUGAUGUGGUAUUAUCAUUGGUGCUAUUGCAUAGCUGCAGCUGCCUUGUAGGAUAUGGCCGAAUAUGGUCUACGCCGUAGACACCACAGAAAUACGAUACAGAUAGCAGGAACCCCGUCAUGACAGCAACCAUGCGUCACACCGCACAGACACUAUGUCAAUGCAGGUCCUCCAUUGCAGGUUUACCGUACAAGCUACAAGUAUAUAGGAAGACAAGCUGAUGCCCAUAUCUAAAACAGGGAGCAUCUGGGUUAUGUAAGACAACUUUUUUUCAGUUUACCUCGGGAUUAUCUAAAUCAUAGUUCUUGAUGAAUUUUUACUUUUCAAAUUCAUAAUGCCCAUGAGUUUAAAAAGACAACAUUCGAAAUAAAGCCAAUGAAAACAUUUUAAAAAAUAAAUAAAUAUUUCAGAAAAACUGAGAAAAAGAGAUCGGAAAUAUCCUAGCAGACUCCGAUUCCCUGUCUGACACAUUAUGUCAAAGUUUCCUGCCGAGCAGUUCCGGAACUACUGUUCAAAUAUUUACCUUUUUUUUCUUUUUUCGCUUCUAUGAAAUUUCCUGUAAAUAAAUAAACAGCCUAAAAUAUUUUAUGUUACGUUGAAAGUGACUUAACGUAUAAAAUGAAAUAAAAAUUAUUCGAAUUGGUGAUCAAAGGUGAUUAACAGCGCCUCUACUUCUAGUGUUUUUACCUUUUUUAAGGUUUUUUUUUUUUAAUUCUACAUUAAAUUUACAGUUUUUUAAAAUCUUGAGUUUCAAGUUUUGGGUGGUCUUUUGUUUUUGUUGAGGUUAUUGGUUUUUUUGGGUUUUUUUUUUAGUUGGGACUGUCAGACAUUUUUUGUAAAGUUAUUUUUGUCCUAUUUGGCUGGUAUAGUACACAUUUCAUUUGCUUUCCUGUGAUAAGAAAGGCACAGCUUAGUCAAUGUUGUGAGCUCUUUUGAUACCUGGUUGUGCUGAACUGUUAAAGAUUAUACAAUAAAAUUUUGGGGUUGUAUCCCCAGCAUGGAGAAUCACAAUAUUAUGAUAGUGGCCCUCCACGAUAAACCUGAUUCCAUAGAAGAUUGUAUAAAGCUCUUGAAUGAUGAAUGGCCCAGGAGUAAAACUGCAAGAAAUGAACAUUCUAUUAGGCUGAGAUCAAUUGAAAGCUCAAACCCUAACCUUCCCAUUUCACUUAUAAUGGUCAGUAACACAACCACAGGUAAAGGUGAUGUAAUAGGUCAUGCAAAAAUUGCAAGAUUACCUUUUGAACCAGCAAGCUGUAUGAUUGAAUCUGUUCUGAUAAAUCCAGCCAACAGAGGAAAGGGUUUUGGUAAACUACUGAUGGAAGAAUGUGAGAAACUUGCAGUAAAAUUAGGAUUUUCAACAGCAGUGCUUUCCACACAUGACAAACAGCAAUUCUAUCAGAAAUUGGGGUAUGAAUUUUGUCAACCGGUAUCCCAAUAUGGCGGAGGUCCAUCUCCUUCGAAACCUUCGUUGUCCCAAGCUAAAGAACAUAAAAUUCCCACAAAAUCCGAUAAAUCCAUAUGUCACGAAGAAAAAGAAAUUAGAACUUCAGUUACCGUUCCACAACCACCACCUCUGCCAAAGUCCAAUAAUGCAUUUUGCAUCGCUAAAGUGUACAUGAAGAAAUCUCUAAAUCAAUAAAUUUGUAGCUUAAAUACUA